CUGUCCACCUCCUGAGUUUCUUCAAAGAGCUGCAGAGAAACACAGGGGAGGAGGGACCGAGAGAGAUCAAACUGAGUAGGGCACAGAGAGGGAGGCGAGAGCAUCCCAUCCUCCGCCUGUCUUAUAAAGACUCGGCUGCUGUGGCGCUCCAAUCUCCAAUCCCUUUCCCUCGCCACUCACAUGUAACAGGAUAAAAUGCUCAAGUUCUUCUCUACGCGGGAUGACGAGAACGAAAGCCUUCUAGGAGCAAUAACAGAGGAUGAAGGAGACAACCCGUCUCUGCAGAACACCAAGCAUCACUGGCUGAACAGACCCUGCCUGCUGGUGCUCAAAGAUGGGGAUGUUUCCAAACCGGGAUCGGACUGCGGUCAGAUCAGACCAGAGCCUCCUUCUAAAGCCGCUUCAGACACAGCAGUCAGAACCACUUUUAAGCAAUGUGAUCAGAAACCAUCUGAACAUCCUGCCAAAGUUGCUUCACCCUCCCAGCUGGAGGAAGGCAGCUGCACUGUGACCGCCAUCUCCUCAUGGGGGGAGAGCUGUUUUGAGGAGUCAUCCAGCCCCCUGGUGCUGAGUCCUGCUGAGGCUGCAUGGCCAGAGGAGGAGGGCAGAGCUGAGGUGGAGGAAAGGAAAUCUCAGGUUCUCCCGUCAAAGGAGGACUCUGUGGUUGAGGAGAAGGAACUGGAGGAGAGCGGGCUGGAGCAGCAGCAGGAGCAGCUGUGCAGUUCACAUGCAACUGCAGCACAUGAGGAAGCAUGUGGCAGGGUGUCUGUGGAGCCUCAGAGUCAGUUUAAGAUAGCCAAAUCUAAUGGUAAAGACGAAACAAACACAAGCAAUGCCCAGGAAGCAGGUGUGGAGGGAGCCAUGGGAGACUCUGGAGUCAACCCUGGAGAUCCUGAUAAUGAAAACCACCUGAGUCCUGCUGGUAUUCUAUCAAAGGAUCGGGGCAACGUCCUCGGAGAGGUGGCACCAGUGUGGAUCCCUGAUGCUCACGCACAGGUCUGCAUGAAGUGUGGGGUAAAGUUUACAUUCACAAAGAGGAGGCACCACUGCCGUGCCUGUGGGAAGGUAUUUUGUGCACUUUGCUCCAGUCUCAAGUUCAGACUCACUCAUCUGGAUGGCAAGGAGGGACGAGUUUGUGUUUCCUGUCACUCAACUCUCAUCAAAAGGACACCUCCACGUGGGAAAAGAAGGGUGUGGUUUGCUGAGGAUUUCGCCAGCAAGCAGUCCGAGUCCGCGCCCACCACGCCAGCUAGAGAGCCAGUGUUCUCACCGCUGAUGAGACAAGUGCUGGGCGAGUCGGCUAAAAGUCCUGUUGGUUCGCCGCAGAUCAGGAGAAGCUCAAGGCCAGUCGGGACAUCUAUUAGUGAGGCAUGUGGUCCUUACGGGUGGGGCACCACAGCUUUAGUGAGCAACUCUGCAAACCUCAUCCCUCUGGACGGCCUCCCUCCAAUCCUCACCUCUACAGGGGUCAAAGGAGAUUACACUGUGGAGGAACAGCCCUCUGAGAUGCUGCUUAUUCAGGAGCUGGAGAGCAGCAGGCCCAAGCCCCUGGUGUUUGUCCUCAAUGCCAACCUGCUUGCUAUGGUCAAGCUGGUCAACUAUGUGAACAGAAAGUGCUGGUGUGUGACGACAAAGGGAAUGCACGCUGUGGGUCAGGUGGAGGUGGUGGUGCUGCUGCAGUGCCUGCCUGAGGAGAAAAGCUUCCCCAAAGACAUUUUCAGCCACUUCAUCCAGCUGUACAGGGACACACUGACAGGGAAGGUUGUGAAACACCUGUCACUCUCCCUGUUUGGUGGUAGCUUCUUAGGCAGUGAGGAACAUGCAGGCUUCCUGUAUGUUCACUCCACUCUUCAGAGCCUUCAAGGUCUUCCUCUGCCAAACCAGCCCUACCUCUUUGGCCUGUUGGUCCACAGAGCAGAGGUGGCCUGGGCCAAAGCCUUUCCCUUGCGUCUAAUGCUGCGACUGGGGGCCGAGUACAGAUUUUACCCGUGCCCUCUGUACAGCGUACGCUUCAGGAAGCCCUUAUUUGGGGAAAUUGGUCACACCAUUAUGAGACUACUAGUGGACUUUAGGAAUUAUCGUUACAGCCUCCCAGUGGUGCCGGGGCUCACUGUGGAUCUAGAGGCGCAGAGGACCUGCAUUAAGAUACCGACUACAGGGUAUAAUGAGCUAAUGAGGGCUUUGAAUAAGUCCAAUGAGCAUGUGCUGGCCAUAGGGGCGUGCUUCAAUGAGACUGCAGACUCCCACCUCAUCUGUGUGCAAGGAGAGGGUGGCCAGUACCAGACCCAGGCCAUCAGCAUCCACAAUCAGCCACGCAAAGUUACUGGAUCAUGCUUUUUCAUAUUCAGCAGUGCUCUGAAAGCAUCAGCAGGAUACCUGGCCAAGUCUAGCAUUGUAGAAGAUGGGUUAAUGGUGCAGAUCACCGUGGAGACCAUGGCAGAGCUCCGCCGGUCGCUACGGGAGAUGAAAGACUACACUGUCACCUGUGGACGGCUUGACCAAUCAGACAGCCAGGAGCUUGUUUGUGUACAGUGGGUGGAGGAAAAAUGCACUGUGAAUAAGGGAGUAAUAAGUCCCAUAGAUGGGAAAUCCAUGGAAUCUAUCAGCAGCAUGAAAAUGUUCCAGAAGUCUGAAUACAAAGAAAAUGGGAAGAUCAUCCGCUGGACAGAAGUGUUCUUCCUGCAGACGGCAGAUCAUGCCAAAGGAGGAGCGAGCGACUCUGCGGAACACAAUCGCCUGACAGAGCGGAUCGCCCGAGCCUUUUGCCUGGCACUGUGUCCUCAUCUGAAACUGCUGAAAGAGGACGGGAUGGCCAAACUGGGGCUGCGUGUCACCUUUGAUCCUCAAGAGGUGGGAUUUGUGGCCGGGAGCAAUGGGCAGCCACUCCCUGCUCGGUACCUCAAUGCCCUGGACAGCGUGCUCAUCCCAGUCAUACAUAGCAGGGGGCGCAAGCGGGGUGACGAGCCCAUCGUGAUGGAGCUCAUCUUUUACAUCCUGGAGAACAUCACUUAGAUCACACACACACUCUGCACCAUUUCAUCUUUUUAACCCUGACCACAACUCUCCCUUUGGCACGUCUCAUAUAAGUGCUGCCUUCGGUUCCGGGGCAUUAAAAGCAUUCAAAGGGUGAACCAGACCACAUCCAAGGCCUGCAUCAAUCUCAUCCACUCAUGAGUAGACAGGAGUGGUCCAGCUCUUUAGUGGUUUUCUGAUCGCGCUCUGCCCCUGCAGCAGGCGAUCUGGGCACGCAUGAAACCUUUGAUGGAACAUCAGAGCUAGGUGCUGUACUAGCCCUGUAGUAGCAUUCUCAUAGCUUGUUAUCACCCAUGUCACAAUGUUCAAAACUAUUGCCAAAAUAGAAGAAUACCUUUAAAGUGGGAGCUGGAUUCAGCCCCACGACCCGAAAAAAGCAAACACAAAAAGAAAAUGACUUGAAGUACUGUAACUGUACUGUAUGUAGAGCUGUAGCAACUCGAUGCACACUGAAUGAAUGAAUGCCCAAAGAAUGUUUUCAUACUGGAUGCAUUUUAAUGACUGCUCAUGAAAUGUAAUGUCAGCUUGGAAUUAAACUUGCAACAAUGAA